AUGCUACGCAGCUUGUCGCUGACAAGUACAUUUCCCAGUUUCCAGAUGGUCAGCCUGCUGAAACUGGCCAACAUCACUGAAGAAGGCGUCCGAUUCCUCAGUCCGCACGAUGGGUCUCCCAUGCUCCUCACACCGGAACAUUCCAUAGCUCUGCAAAACACGAUAGGCAGCGAUAUUAUCAUGCAACUUGACGACGUCCUUGUUACGACUUCGCCAGAUGCGAAACGGAUGCGAGAGGCUAUGGAGCGCAGUGUGCGGUGGUUGGAUCGAUGUAUAGCUGCACAUGCGAAUCCGACGACACAGAAUCUGUUCUGCAUUAUACAAGGAGGGCUUGAUCUCGAGAUGCGCAAAGAGUGCUGCAAGGAGAUGGUUGCGAGGGGGACACCAGGAAUUGCAAUUGGAGGCUUGAGUGGAGGGGAAGCAAAGGCGGAUUAUUGUCGCGUGGUCAAUACAUGCACGAGUCUGCUCCCGGAACUGAAACCAAGAUAUGUUAUGGGUAUUGGAUAUCCGGAAGAUCUGGUUGUCAGUGUUGCCCUUGGUGCGGAUAUGUUUGAUUGUGUUUGGCCGACAAGGACAGCCAGAUUUGGCAAUGCUAUCACAAAGUACGGUGUUCUGAAUCUGAAGCAUGCUAGGUAUGCGAAUGACUUUGGACCUGUGGAGGAUGGAUGUGGUUGUGUUUGUUGUCGAACAGGCGAAGGUGGGUUAAAGAUCACAAGAGCAUUUGUGCAUCAUAUUGCUGCAAAAGAGACAGUUGGAGCACAUCUACUGACCAUGCACAAUGUCUGGUAUCAGCUGGCGCUUAUGAGAAGUGUCAGAGAAGCUAUCAUAGAAGACAGAUUUCCAGCUCUCUUGAAGAAGUUCUUCUCGGACCUGCAUGGCGGGGAUAAAUCAAAAUACCCCGACUGGGCUGUUGAAGCGUUAGGAACUGUUGGGGUUGAUUUAAUGGUAGACUAA